AUGGUAGACAUGAAUCUUCAAAAGAUUGAAUGUGAGGGUAUAUUUAAGAACAAAGAACUUUUAAAGCGGUGUAUUGGUAAAAAAUGUCUUCGAGAAGGUUUUCAGACGAGGACAAGUAGAUCCACCAAAUCAAGGUAUGAGGCUGUGUGUGUUUCGAAAAAUUGUUCUUGGUUACUAAGAGCAAAAGCAAUUAAAAAUUCUGAUGGACUUUUCCAAGUGAAUAAAUUUGUUGAUGUAUACACAUGUUCUUCAACAAUUUUGCAACCUAAUCAUCGACAAGCAAACAAAUAUGUUUUUGGUGAAUAUCUUGCUGAUGUUUUGGCUGAAGAUUAUAGUAGAGUUUACCGAGGAAAAGAUAUUAUUAAUGAUAUGAAUGCUCAAUUGAAUAUCAAUAUCUCAUACCAUCAGGCAUGGCGUGCGAAGCAAUAUGCAUUGUUGUUGUUAAGGGGUACGAAAGAGGAUAGUUUUACCAAACUUCCGGCUUAUUGUCACAAUUUGGUCAAACAUAAUCCGGUCUCCGCUGGUUCAUAUGAGCAAAACAAAGUUGCCAUGAAACCAACCCUGCAGAGAAAAGGAAGUAUAUCACAAGCAGGAAAGCUCGUUGGUGGGACAAAUAAAGUGAAAAAGGGCACAAACAGACAAAAAAAGUCUACACAUAAAGCAUCAGAAGUACUCAGUCAGCAGCUUUCAGUAAGUGAAGCAUCUACAAAAACUAGAAAAGAAGUAACAACAUUGGAAUUGAAGAGUGGAAAAGUUGUUGAUCCUUCAACAAAAAUUAAGCUGCAGCUUUUUCCAGUUGAUGAAGUUACUCGAAUAGGAUUAGAGAAGGAUGCUCUUAAUCCAUUCCUUGAACUGACACUAAGAGCUAGAAAGAAGAUAUCAUCUGUUAUCAACCACAUCCAUACAAAAUGGGGUGCUUCAAGCAUAGCCAUAGGGGAACCCAUGCUUUUACCUUAUGAAUCACACCUCAGACAACACACAUCUGUUACUAGAAAAUGGACAUCAAAGGACACUUCUAUUACUGCUGGAGAUGUUUACACAGCUGUUGAAAGUCCUGCUGUAUUCCGCUUAAGUUAUGGCUGGUUCUCUGAUGAUGAGCCUUCAAGGAUUUCUCCACAUAAUUGUGUAACAUCUGAAACCAUUCAGAAACAGAUUGAGACUACAGAAGAAAAGAAGCUUCUAGAAGCAACAGCUGAAAUAGAUGAUACUGAGCAUGUGGAUGCAAAAGUCAACAUGGGUCAAAGCCAUGAACGGUCAACAUCACCAUGGGAUGAUGAGUUGACCAAUUUGAGCAUAGGUGGACUUGUAUCUGAACACUCAGUGCCUCAAAAGACUUCUCUAAUCACCGAUAUAAGCAUUGGUGGGCUUCUAUCAGAAGCAUCAUUACAAGGAAAACUACAACCACAACCACAAUUUAAAUGGGAUGAUAGUUUAACUGCUUUAAGCAUUGGUGGACUUUUAUCAGAAGCAUCUUUACAAGCCAAGAUGAAUAAAUUUGACCCAAAAUCAUUCAUUUCUGAUUCUUUCGAUGCCAUCAUCUCUUCACAACAAAUGAAAAACGAUCCUCAACCUCAACUCUCUAUAUUGGAUGCUGAACAGACUUGUAAUGCCUUUUCCUUCCGCAAAUUCUCCUCAUCUACCAAAAAUGUUCGUGUCAGUGUUGCAAGAGCUACUCAUGAUUCUAAUUCAAAUUCCUUCAAAUUCCCCGGUCUUCUAGAGGGGGACAGACAAGCUGCGAAUGCUGAAGAUACUUCUGGUCCCCAACAAUAUAAUGAAGACAGUAGAAGCCUUGGGUUAAGAGGCAUAAACUGGAAUGAGUCUUUAGGUCCCUUUGAUCUUGGCAACUCAAUGCCAUGGAAGAUUUGACUGAGAGUCAUAUGGAUAGCCAGCAAAAAGUUGCAUCAAAUUUAGGUAAAUUUAAAAUGUAUAAAAUUGAUUCAUGGGACUUUUAUACAACUUUCUUAGAAUCAUUUUGGAGUGGAUUUCUAUAAGUUUUUAGUUUUUUAGUAGAUGUUAUUUUGGACUACAAUACUAUCAAAUCCUUUUUGAUAUAGAAAUGGACUUAGAGAGUUUGGAAACACUAGUACUACUUCUAGUAGUGAUUUCUUCUGAUUAUUCUUGCCAAUUUUUACAUUUCAUAUUUUAUG